AUGAGUGUGGAAGUCCAGCGCUUGCCGCUGACAAGUGCAUUCUACGAUCUGGACGAUGCGCUGCAAAAGGACAUCGACUGGGGCACGGCCACGCCGAUAUCUCACGACGAGCACAUUGAGUCCGACUUCAGCUCUGCUGCCUACAAACGAGGGACCAAGAGACCUGCAGUAGUCGACGUGAUACCCUCACAUCAGAAGGCGCUGUUGCUGCAUGAGUUGCGGCAACCUUUCGUCAAGCAGGACCACGCAGUGCCGCAGAUCAACGGCCCAGAGGAAAUUCUGAUCGAGGUCCAGGCCAUCGGGCUCAAUCCAAUAGACUGGAAAUCUGUCGACUAUGGGUUCGGGAUCCCGGUGCUGCCGUAUGUCUCGGGCCGUGAUUUUGCAGGUGUCGUUGUGAAGGCGCCCUUAUCGAAAAGCCAUAUACAGGAAGGCGACACGAUACUUUGUCCUUCAACAGAUUAUCGGGACUUGAGGAAAGCGGCAUACCAGGAAUAUGCGAUUGCGAGCCACAGCACUGUGUGUCGGCUGCCUCGACAUGUCUCGACAUCGCAGGGUGCUGCCAUCGGCGUGGCAUAUGUUGCAGCAGCUCUGGCAAUGGGCGUCUGUCUAGGGUUACCAAUGCCAGCGCUCGGAUCGAAUACUGGACCCGAUAUACUUGACAUAGUCCGAAGCACGCCGCUCGGUAGCCUUCCAGCAGACACAGUUGCAGAAUGUAUAGCCAUCAAGGCAUCCGAGAGGCCGAAGGCAGGUGACUGGAUUGUGAUUUGGGGCGGGUCCUCAACGAGCGCACUGUUCCUGUCCCAAAUUGCCAAGCUAGCCGGACUGAGAGUCAUCUUAGUUGUUGAUGUGGCGAAACAUGGAGCGUGGUUGAUCGAUACCAGCGGUUGCGUCUGUAUCGAUAGUCAUGAUGCCGAAAGAGCUGUCCAUGUGAUAUGCGGAAUCGCGGGCUCCGAUCUGCGGUUCGGCGUUGAUACUGUCGGCAAAGAGACUUCAGAGCACCUCGCGCAAUGCCUGGCACACGACACCAAAGACGGGAGUACCAAAGCGCACCUGGUCGGGUUGGCUGCGUUGCCGAAGCAGAGAAAAGAUGGCAUCGUGUACCACUCUGUGCCCGUCAAACUGUUUCACGAGGUUCCAAGGGUCGGAUCCUCGCUAAUGUCCUGGUUGGAGGAAGCGCUGGAAUCAAGAGCCAUCUCGUUGCCGCGAAUUGAGGAGGCGCCUGGUGGCCUUGAGGGCAUCAAUGCAGCUCUGGAUAGAAUGCGGCAAGGUCAUGUCUCAGGAAAGAGGCUUGUGGUGCCAUUGCCAUGGAGGGCGGAUACCAUUUCGAUAUACCCGUGUUGA